AUGGAUGAAAACGGAACAGCUCAGAAAUCAGAAGUGGCAAAAGAGGAUGUGGCUACUUCUUACUUCAAGUCCUUAUUCACUUCAUCCAAUCCCUCAGUCUUCUCAGAUUGGUUUGCGGACUUUGAACCAAGAAUCACUCCUUCUAUGAAUAAGAGCUUAACGGCUGAGGUCUCGACUUCAGAAAUCAAAGAUGCAAUGUUCUCUAUCAAAUCGUCAAGUGCUCCAGGUCCUGAUGCAGUGUUCUUUCAACACUACUGGAACAUCAUUGGAGAACAGAUUUCAAAGGAGGCUAAUGAUCAGCAGGUUCACGCUCUGAAAGGCAUCCUAAGGAUUUAUGGGGAAGCUACUGGUCAAACAGUCAAUCCAGCCAAGUCUUCAAUAUAUUUUGGAUCAAAGAUUGGGGAGGAUCAGAAGAAAAUAACCAAAGCAGAGCUAGGUAUCACAAAGGAGGGAGGGACCGGAACUUACUUAGGUCUUGCGGAAUGUUUUAUUGGCUCUAAGAUCCAACUUUUGGGGUUUAUAAAAGAUGGAGUACAAAAACGGAUCUCCAAUUGGUUUACAAGAAUAUUAUCCCCAGGAGGUAAGGAAACACUCCUGAAAUCAGUCAUUUCAGCGAUACCGGUGUAUGCGAUGUCGUGUUUUAAGCUCCCAAAAGGAGUUUGUUCGAAGUUGAGAAGUGCUAUGACUGAGUUUUGGUGGAGCUCAGUGGAGGAUAAAAGAAAGAUGCAUUGGAUUAGUUGGGAGAUGAUGUGUGUUCCGAAAAUCUUAGGAGGCAUGGUGUUUAGGGAUAUUGAGGACUUUAAUCAGGCACUUCUAGCUAAGCAGGCAUGGAAGUUGCUGCAGGAACUGGAGUGUUUAAUGGCAAGGCUGCUCAAAAAGCAGGGUCUCCGAAAAAGAGUAGGUAACGGGAAAUCCAUCAGUGUGUGGACUGAUCUGUGGGUACUAGACGAGGGUCUGAGAGCGCCUUGGAGGUUGAUUAACCCGUUUGAUGUAAAUCUUAUGGCUAAGGAUCUCAUAGACCCUAUCUCAAAGAAAUGGGAUAUGGCGAAGCUUCAGGAAAUGUUUUUUCAGGAAGAUGUGCAGAGGGUUUUGGAGUUUCAACCAGUAAACAAAGGGGAAAUUUUAAAAGAAGCAGAGCUGCAACCUUCUCUGAACAGUCUCAAAGCUUCGGUGUGGAAAUUACCAACUACACAGAAGAUAAAAAAAUUCAUUUGGAAAGUUCUGUGUGGUGGAGUUGCGGUUGGAGAUAAGCUGGAAGAAAGAGGGAUGAAAAUCCAGAAUGUUUGCCAAGCUUGCGGGUUAGAUGGAGAAUCCUUAAAUCAUCUCUUCUUUACUUGUUCUUUUUCGAGACAAGUAUGGACUCUUAGUGAUUUACCGCUGCCAGAGUUGGGCUUUGCUGAAUCUGUCUAUUCCAACAUCAACUACUUGGUGGAACAAAGGAAGAAUGAUCUGGUGCCGAAAGAGAUAAGUAGAAGAUUUUCGUGGGUUAUUUGGUUUCUUUGGAAAAAUAGGAAUGAUCUCGCCUUCCAAAGUCAUCAAUUCAACGCCAUGGAUACAAUGGAGAAAAUCAUUGAAGAAGGGGAUCUCUGGUUUUUGGCUCAGAAAGUUGAUAAAACGUGUGAGGUUUUGGCUCGUCCAGCUUCUUUGAGUCAGGUCAAGCAUUGGAGACCUCCACCCGAACCGUGGUUAAAGUGCAAUGUUGGUUGCUAUUGGGAUAAAGGUUCUAGAAGAAGUGGAAUGUCGUGGAUGGUUCGUGAUAGGUGCGGAGUGGUCCUUUUGCAUAGUAGAAGAUCUUUUGCUAACGUAGGCAGCAAGUUAGAGUGUAAUUUCUUAGGAAUGUUGUGGGCUCUGGAAAGUCUGAGAAGUCAUGGAGUAGCGCAAGUUGUUUUGGCGUUUGAAGAUUUGGUGGUUUGUGGGGUUUUGGAGAGACCAAAGGCUUGGCCAUCUUUCAGGAAGCAAGCUUUGGAUUUCUCAUCCGUCAUGUCUUUCUUUGACGGUAUCAGAUUUGAGUUGGAACCGAGAUUUGGUUUCGGUUCCUUAUAA